GAAGCCCUUCGUUUGACCUUUGUUGUUCCUCACAAGGCCAUCUACAAGGGUACCACUGUUCAACAAGUUAACUUGGCCGCCACUUCUGGUGACAUGGGUAUCCUUGCCAAUCACGUUCCUUCCAUUGAACAAUUGAACCCUGGUAUUGUCGAGAUCAUUGAAAGCGCUGAAAUUACCAAGAAGUUCUUUGUCUCUGGCGGUUUUGCUACUAUCAACCCCGAUAGCUCUCUCAACAUCAAUGCUGUUGAAGCUGUUUCUCUUGAUGAACUCUCUCUUGAACGUGUUCAAACUGCCCUUGCUGAAGCUCAACGUAAUGCUGCUAAUGCUGCCUCUGAAAAGGAAAAGGCCAUUGCCAAGAUUGAAGCCGAUGUUUAUGAAGCUCUCCAAACUGCUUUGACCAAAUAA